AUCAAAUUCCUAAUUAGCUAUGGUAGUUGGUGGGCAGCCAUUGUAAGUGUUCGAAGUGAAAAGAAAGAGGAAGACGUAUACCAUAUUUAUUCUGCCGUAAGACAAGGACAGCGGAGUAUAAAGAAGACGACUUUUAAGGCGGUGUCGCGCCUCUCCACGCCUGAUGUCUGCUGAAGCCUCCACGGGGAGCCUAGCGCUGGAGUCUCUUCCUGCUUUGCCAUCCCCAGGUGGGGUAGGCGAGGACAAGGCUGGGGGCGGCUUGGCUGGGAGCAAGUAUGUGAAGCUGAAUGUGGGGGGCUCGCUGCACUACACCACUGUGCAGACGCUGAGCAAGGAGGACAGCCUGCUAAGCCGUAUGUGCAGUGGCGGCAUGGAAGUCACCAUCGACCAGGAGGGCUGGGUUGUGCUGGACCGUUGUGGCCGCCAUUUCGGAGUAGUCCUCAACUUCCUGCGUGACGGUUCCGUGCCACUGCCAGAGUCCCAGAGGGAGCUGGAGGAGGUUCUGAUGGAGGCCCAAUAUUACCGGGUCCAGGGACUGAUCCAGCACUGCCUUGCAGCUCUCAAGAGGAGGUCUGAGUGCUUUGAGGGCCUGUGCCGCAUCCCCAUGAUCACAUCAGCCAAGGAGGAGCAGCGUAUGAUCGCCAGCUGCCGCAAGCCAGUGGUGAAACUUCAGAACAACAGAGGGAACAACAAGUAUUCAUAUACCAGCAACUCCGAUGACAACCUGCUGAAAAACAUUGAGCUAUUCGAUAAGCUGGGACUGCGCUUCAACGGCAGGGUCCUGUUUGUUAAGGACGUGCUAGGGGAUGAGAUCUGCUGCUGGUCCUUCUACGGCGAGGGCCGCAAGAUCGCUGAGGUCUGCUGCACCUCCAUUGUCUACGCCACAGAGAAGAAGCAGACCAAGGUUGAAUUUCCAGAGGCGCGCAUCUUUGAAGAGACCCUCAAUAUCCUCAUCUAUGAGAAUGGGCGUGGCUCUGGCCCUGGGGGCCUGGCCCUGCUGGAGUCUGGGGCGGCAAGCUCCUCGCCGGGCGCCGGCCAAUCAGAGGAGGAUGGCGGUGGGGGUGGAGACCGCAGGGUGCGGCGAAUCCACGUGCGGCGGCACAUCAUGCACGACGAGAGAGGGCAUGGCCUCCAGACCGUUUACAAGGACUGAAAGCAAAGGAGCGAAGGAGGAACAGGCCGAGAAUAAACACAAGCACUCAGACUGUGGAAGGGAGGCGCCACAGAUAGAUGGAAGCGGUUGACAGCUCCUCCUUCAGAGGGAAUCAGGCAUGAGGGUGGGCUGCUGCUUCACUGAGUACAUGGGCAGAGACAGUGCAGUAACUGGGACCAGGCUAAAAACAUCUCAAAUGGAAAUUUGUUUCGAAGUUUAAUUUUAUGUAUGUUUAUAUGUGUAUGUGAGUUUAUUUCGGGACGUUUUAUUCGUGUAUUUAUUGUUUUUAUUUAUUCUGAUUUUUUUUUAAAGAAAUAAAUGCACAUUACAAAUUAAUGAAUUUAAUGUCAUUGUAAUUUUAGCAUUUCUACGGAAAACGUACAGUUUUUUUUUUCUGAGGUACGGUUUACUUUUAUCGUCGAACCAAAAAAAACGACCCUAACCUGCCAAUGGUGACCUGCGCUCUGUUUGACUUAUCCCCGUUUCGGUGCGGAAACACUCUAAAUAAAAAGGCUUUGUAAUAGUA